GGCCCAACUGCGGGCUGGGCCAGUGAGUCGUGACAGCAUGAAUCCCAGCCACUGCUUUUCUGUGGGCUUGGGGUCCUCCAGGCUGGUGAAAUAAAACUGCCAUUGUAGCAUAUAACUUUCUGGAGAUACCUCAACGCCAUCGAAGGAAGCUAAAACUUCCAGGGGGAACCACUGAGGAAAACGCAUGGAAUUAAAGGCUGGUAUAUAAAUACAAUGCUACUCUCCUUGCUCUCCUGCUGCUUCCAUGUUGUGGCGAAGUAUUCUAUCAUGUUAUUAACAUAAUGAAGGUUAGGACAGAUGCAAGUGCAGAUAAGAGCUUUUAAUAAAGAGAGGCAGGCAGACAAAUCCAAAUCAUGAGACAAUAGUGGGUCAAAACAGGCAAUGGGUCAGGCAAUCAGCAAUCAGGCAUAAACGAGGCAAGGCGAGAAUCGAGAAUCAAGAAUGAGAACAUGAACAUGAUCAAAUCAAAGAACAUGAAACAAACAAGGAACAGGGUACAAAUGCUUGGUACGGUGAUAACACUCAAUACUUCGCAAAGUCAUUGUAUGCAAACAGUCUCUUUAUGCUGUGGUUGUGAGUGCUGUGAAUUUGAUGCAGGUGUGCGUGAUUAGAAUGAAUGUGAGUGUUUCUGGGAAUUGUAGUCCAUGGCGGCCAUGUGUGUAGGCCGCAGUGCAGGAUGGGAAAUGUAGUCACUGGUUUGCUGUGAUAUGAUAGCAAUAACUUAUGACAAAGUAAUGUAUGUAAGAAGCUGGCAGCGCCUCAUACAAAGUACACCCUGUGUACAUACAGAUGCAUGUGAACUAGCCUUGUCAUAAUUGUGUCUAUUAUUAUACAUUUGCCAAGUUCAGGUGUCCUUAACCUAAUCACUCCAAACAAUUUCACAUAAGGAAUCAAGAGAAAAAAUAAGAAAAGCAUAUAGCGUCUUACAGAAUUGUGAGUAAAAUCUCAUAGUUCUUACGUAUAACCUUUACAUCGCAUAAGGCGACCCAGUCCUACCACAAUUAAUGGAAAGUACAGGGAGAGGCUGCUAUAAUUAAUCUUGUUUUCCAGGAUUCCUGCCUUGUCAUUAACAUACUGGUUAGGCAGAACAAUUUAAUGAUUAAUUUAACUGGGGGUUUUCAUUCCUGUCAGUGGUGCAUAGACAUAUGUCAAAACUUUAAGUGGGUAAACACUACAGAUAACAUACUAUACUGUACUUGUACUUAGGGCUUGACCAAUAUUUUCAUUAUUUAUUUCGAUAUUUCAUUAUCUUUUAGAAUCACGAAACCAGAUGUGAAGCUUAUUAAGGAGAAGUUGGUUAAAGACGUCUCUUAUGAGUUAGGUAAUAAUGCACAAGCACUGUCCUGAGACUGUCAGAUACAGUAUACUAUCGUGUCAGAUAGUUUCAACCUUAAAUUGGCUUGGAGGGUUUAAAGUUAAUUGACACCUUCAUUGUGAUGUUCACUAACCAGUGUUACUGCAUCUUACUAAAGCCCUUCCCACAUGCUGUCAAUGCUAGUACUCAGAAUUAAUAUUUAAUCUAGCUGGAACAAAAAUAAUUGGCAGAAACCUACGAACAGGAGACGAGAGCAAAGAUCCAUGAGGAGUCAUGCUUCAACUGUUGCUACUCUUUGGGUUUUUCAGCCUCGGUGUCUGUCUCCCUCGUCAGUAUCACUUCAUUAAUGAGAAUAAGACCUGGGCUGAAGCACAGAGAUACUGCAGAGAGAAUUAUGAUGAUUUAGCCAGUAUUAAUAACACUGAAGAGGAACUGGCACUUACUAACAUAAUAAACAUCUGGAACAACAACCGAACCUGGAUUGGACUGUAUGAUGAUCUGAACAGCUGGAAAUGGUCUCUGGAUGAUGAUUUGUUCUUCCAGGAAGGAGGGAGAAGCUUUAGAAACUGGUAUAUACAGAAACCAAGGAACUGGAAUGGAGACAGUUUGUGCGUAUAUUUAUCAGGUUAUUCUGGAGUAUGGUAUGAAGCCUCUUGUUCUUUGAGACUUCCCUUCCUUUGCUUUGAUGGUAGUGUGAAUGCCAGUGAAAGAUAUGUCCUGGUUUAUCAGAACCUGAACUGGACUGAAGCUCAGAGAUACUGCAGAGAGAAUUACACAGACCUGAUCAGUGUGAGGAACGAGACUGAGAACCAGAUGAUAAGAUCAUUAUUACCUAAUAUUUAUUAUUACUAUGAUGGUUUUUGGAUUGGCCUGUACAGAACCAGGUCUUGGUCAGAUAAAAGCAACUCUUCAUUCACCAACUGGAAUCCUGGACAACCAGAUAAUUAUGCACAGAAUGAAUCCUGUACUGCCGUGUCAUUUAAUAGUGAUAAUUAUUAUUAUUAUUAUUAUUAUUAUUACCCUUAUCUGUAUUAUGGGAAAUGGACAGAUGAAAACUGCGGUCAAGCUUUUCCGUUCCUCUGUUACAGCACAACAUUAUCAUCAUCCUCUCGUCAGUAUCACUUUAUUAAUGAGAAUAUGACCUGGACUGAAGCACAGAGAUACUGCAGAGAGAAUUACACUGACCUGGCUACCAUUGAUAACAUGGAGGAAAUGAACACACUCCUUAACACAGUAAAUGGCAGCUACUCAGGUUUAGCCUGGAUUGGACUGUAUGAUGAUCUGGACAGCUGGAGAUGGUCUCUGGAUGAUGAUGCUUUCUACCAAGAGGGAGAGAGAGACUUCAGAGGGUGGGACCAGCAACCUGAUAACAACUAUGGACAAGAACUGUGUGUUUAUAUUAGAUCUGAUGGAACAUGGUUUGAUGGAAACUGUGACAGAUAUUUACCUUUUGUUUGCUAUGAUGGAAAAAAUGGAACAGAUGAUUAUAGGUGGAUUUUGUCUUACAUGCCCUGGAGACAAGCUCAGGAUUACUGCAGAGAGCAUUACACAGACCUGGCCAGUGUGAGAAACCAAACAGAUAAUCAAAGAAUUCUCAACCUCACCGGUGGCAAUGAUGCUUGGAUUGGUCUAUACAGAACCAGACUCUGGUCAGAUAAACAGGAAUCCACAUAUGAAAACUGGAGAAGAGACACUUAUAUACCUGCACAGCCAGACAAUGGUGUAUAUAUUCCAUGGGAACACGGCAAUCAACACUGCACUGCUGUAUUAUUCAGUGACUCAGGCUACUGGACAGAUGAGAACUGCUUCGCCACAUUCCCUUUCAUCUGCUAUAACAAAUUCUGCGCAGGAUCCUCAUGUUUCCUUCAUCAUUAUCACUUUAUUAACGAGAAUAAAACCUGGACUGAAGCACAGAGAUACUGCCGAGAGAAUUACACUGACCUGGCCACCAUUGAUAACAUGGAGGAAAUGAACACAGUCCUUAACACAAUAAAUGGCAGCUACUCAGGUUUAGCCUGGAUUGGACUGUAUGAUGAUCUGAACAGCUGGAAAUGGUCUCUGGAUGAAAAUUCUUUCUACAAGGACGGAGAGAGAAACUUUAGAAACUGGUAUAUAAACAAACCAAGGAACUGGGGUGGAAACAGCAUGUGUGCAUACAUGUCAAAUUAUGAUGGGGUAUGGCGGGAGGACCCUUGUUCUUCGACAUAUCCAUUCAUUUGCUUUGAUGGUAGGGUAAAUGCCACUGAAAGAUAUGUCCUGGUUACUCAGUCCAUGAACUGGACUGAAGCUCAGAGCUACUGCAGAGAGCAUCACACAGACCUGCUCAGUGUGAGGAACGAGACUGAGAACCAGAAGAUCAGAUCAAUAUUAUCAAAAAUGUUUAAUUCAUAUUAUUAUUAUUAUUAUUAUUAUUAUUAUUAUUAUUAUUAUUACUACUACUACUACUACGCUCCUCUAUGGAUUGGCCUGUACAGAACCAGGUCUUGGUCAGAUAAAAGCAACUCUUCAUUCAGCAACUGGAAACCUGGACAACCAGAUAAUUAUGCACAGAAUGAAUCCUGUACUGCCGUGUCAUUUAAUGAUUCUGGGGAAUGGACAGAUGAAAACUGCAGUCGAGCUUUUCCAUUCCUCUGUUACAGCAUAAUGACAUCAACUUCUCGUCAGUAUCACUUUAUUAGUGAGAAUAUGACCUGGACUGAAGCACAGAGAUACUGCCGAGAGAAUUACACUGACCUGGCCACCAUUGAUAACAUGGAGGAAAUGAACACACUCCUUAACACAGUAAAUGGCAGCUACUCAGGUUUAGCCUGGAUUGGACUGUAUGAUGAUCUGGACAGCUGGAGAUGGUCUCUGGAUGAUGAUGCUUUCUACCAGGAGGGAGAGAGAGACUUCAGAGAAUGGUACCAUCAACCUGAUAACUACUUUGGACGAGAACUGUGUGUUUCCAUGAACUACAGAGGGGAGUGGUUUGACAGGCCUUGUACUGACAGAAAGUCAUUUGUGUGCUAUAACGACACAAGCAACACAUAUGUGUGGAUUUAUAACGCAAUGACUUGGGAAGAAGCUCAAAGUUUCUGUAGAGCAAAUCACACAGACCUGGCCAGUGUGAGGAAUGAGACUGAACUUCAGCAAAUACUGAACAAGAUCAGCUAUUUCUAUAGUGAGGUAUGGAUAGGUCUGUAUAGGAACCGAUUAUGGUCAGAUCAGAGCAACUCGACUUUUACAUAUUGGAGACCAGUGAUUCCAGCACUCACACCAGAGCCUGAUAACGGUGUGUAUUCACCUGGACAAUAUGGAAAUCAACACUGCACUGCUGUGGAUCAUUCCGGCCGAUGGACAGAUGAAAACUGUUUCACCAGUUUCCCUUUCAUCUGCUACACUGCAUUCACUCCAGGUGUUGUGACAGGAUUGCAGAUGAAAGUCAAAGCUGAGGAAAGUCUGUUAUACUCUGAGAUUGAAAGAAUUGUGUUGAUGGAACUUCAACAAGAAUCUGUCAGACUGGGACUUUCAAGCAACUUCUCUGUGAAUGCGAUAAAAAUCCGUAAGAUCAGUCCAUGAAGGAGAAAGAGCACAUUCAUGUCCAGAAUAUAACUCAUUUUGGGAUGGUUUAUCUUUAAUGUAUUCAUUCAUUCACCAAUCAUUCAUUCUGUUAAUGCUGUAGAGACACUCCACCCCUUACAUUACUCCAUAUAUACAGCCAUUUAAAAUGCAAAUAAACAUCUAAAUAACAAACAAGAAAAUUUAAUUAAAGAUUCAGUAAAAGAUUCUUACCGACUAGAAAAGCCUUCAAAAGCCUUGAGAUAUCCUCGCUUUGACCAUAACAGUAAUAAUGACUGUAAUUAUGCUGAAUUAUGAAUGAACAUGAUUUUCUUAGGUGUAAUAUUUUAUUUGGUGUAUUGGGAAUUUAUACUGCUUAUAAGUAAUAUUUUUAAAUGAAUGUCAACAAAUAAAACUCUGUACUUCUUUGUGUGUGGUGGGAUUCAUACAAAAGUUUGAUAUGUUAUAUUUUCUGCAAUAAUCGUAUCAGCAGUUGGUUGUGUGUGUUAAGGGAUACUAUCUGACUUUCUUUUAUUAAUUGUUUUCAGUACUGGGUUUAAUGUAGUUUUGGUUGUGUUGAUUAAAUGUUGAUUAAAGACCAUUUUAAUAAACAAGCACUGAAUGAA